CGAAGUGCGUGACUCACGGAUGAUGACGGGCCAGUCUUGAAGGCAUAGAUUGAACCAUACUCCUUCAAUCUGCACCCGAGUCGUCCGUCCGUCGCCGCUGUUACAAUGCUCCGCCAUGAAACCAAACCACUAUUUCAUAUAUAUCCCUACCUUGAUGCGGGCGAAUAUCGUAACACACUACUAGGCAGCGUUGUCAAAUACCCAGACAUACCAACAGAAGGUUACGCCCCCUACAAGGCGGGCAAACAGCCCCGGCAGAUCAUACCUGGCCUUGACCCCACCCCGAUCCAGGUCAAAAACAUCAAGUUCUUGACGCACAAAAUCCAGGACAGCGACAUCUCAUCCUCACUUGAUGACUACCUCACCGGGUUCUUUCAGAAUCCGAACUCCGUAGUCCGAACCGCGGCGAGGCUCUGGCACAUGGAAUCGGCAGCCGAAAAUCUCCAGAAGUUGCUUCAAAAGAGGACGUAUACGAGGCAACUGAUCAAACUGCUGCAAAACAGCCAUAAUCAGGAGGGCUAUUUCGUCACAGACAUUGUCACACUGUUUGACGCAGCUGAAGACACCUACAGGUCACCCGCCACCAUGGCACAGUUGACCAUUGAUGUCUCAGCGCGUCAGCCAAGGACCACGGGACAGUGCCACGUUCAGACAGCUGAGCACUGUCCCGUUUACUACGGCGGGGAAACGAUUGUGUUUCUCGGAUAUCGGCGUGUAAGGCUCGAGAAAUCGGAUGGCAUUAUCGCAAAAUUGGCGAGAUUGUUCCUAGGGCAAGGCCAAGGCUUAAGGGUGACGGAUAAGUCCGACUAUUGGCCCGACACAAUUGGGAGACCGGCGAAGAGCAGCGUGGAGACACCUUUGGAUGAUUCGGGUGACUCAAACGAGGCAGGGGAUUCUUUGCCACGCCCGAAUGCCUAUAUUAAGAUUGCCCGAGAGCUGGGAUUUGAUGUUGAGGUCGUGGGGUGAGUAGACGAUAAUUGCGACAUAAUGCAACGGGCAGAAGCGUAAUGUAACGGUCUCAACUGAGUGUGUUGACAACUAGCUGAGCGACUGCAACGAGUAUCCUAAAGCUAAGGAGAAAGAAAAGAUUCAAGAGUGCUCGAGAG